AUGGAGGCGCGGAAGGCGACCGUGGAGGCUUUGAAGCUCGAGCUCCAGCUCAAGGCCGAGGGUUUAGGCAGCGCGCACGCGGACACGACGGCCAUGAACAGCGCCCAGGCCGUCUUCGUCGCGGGCAACCGGGAGGCCAUGGACAAGGCGUCCAAGGGCGACCUCCGCUACAAGCCCAUGCUCGUGCUCAAGUUCCUCGCGUCCUUCGCGGCGACGACCCACGACCCGCGGGGGACGCUCUGGACGACGCUGUUGGGCGUGCUGGGCAAGGCGAAGAAGAUCGCCGCGUCGAAGCACAGCUCGCUCCGCGACGACAUCCUGGUGGGCCUCGCGGCGGCGGGCGACGUCUCGGCGGUGCGCGACCUGCUGGACCGCGACUUCUGCGCCGCGGGCGGCGGCGCGAACGCGCACCACUCCGCGGCGCACACGCCGGCGCUCAUCGCGGCCGUCAAAAGGGGCGCCGUCGACACGGUCCGCGCGCUCCUCGAGGAGGGCGCGGACGUCGACGCCACGGACGAGCUCACGCACGAGCGGCCGUUGCACGUCGCGGCGGCGCGGGGCGACCUGCCCGUGGUGAAGUGCCUGCUGAAGUUCGGCGCGGACCGCUACGCGACCGUCGACGACGGCUUCGACGAGUUAAGGCCCGGCCCGACGGCGAACCGCCUCGCGACGGAGCACGGGACCAUCGCGAAGAACUGCGGGAAGGACGACUCCGGCCACGUCGCCUGCGCCAAGGUGUUAAGGUUGGAGCCGCCGACGGUGGAGCGCGUCCGCGUCUUCUCGUGCGACGACCGCUCCGUGACGAUCGCGUGGCCCAUCCCGGGCCGCCACAAGUCGGCCGUGGCGUCCUACGCCGAUGAAUUGGUCGAGGCCUACCGGGUCACGGCGGUGCAGAUCGGCCUCGCGGGCCACCUCGCGACGCGCGUCGUGGAAGAGCGUCGGCAGAAGUGCGUCCGCGAAGCCUCGCCGCACGACUACAUGAUCACGAUCCACGACCUGCCGUCGCUGCAGGCGCUGGACUGCACCGUCGCCGCGCGGACGGCGGGCCUCUACGGCCGCGAGUCGGCGCGCGUCCUGGGCUUCACGCAGGGCCGGCGGCCGCGGCCCACGGGCGCGCCCCGGCUGACGCGGAUCGCGCGCGACUCCGUCAGCGUCGAGUUCACGCCCAUCCCGUUGACGGGCACGGACGCCAUCUCCAAGGGCGAGCGGAAGAAGAUGGGCGCGGCCUUCGCGCGCAUGGCGCCCAACGACGCCUACGAGUGCCAGCUCUGCGUGUCGCACCCGUUCCGCGCGGGCCACGACGACCCCCCGAACUACCGGCGCGACAUGCUCGUCCUCGACGCCGGCGACGACGACGACGACGACGCCUGGGUCGCCUACGACUCCGCCGACGACUCCGACGACGAGGAGAACGCCAAGGAUCCGGCCUGGAAGUUCAAGCACAUGACGUGGGUGCUCCACUGCGUCGCGUCCAAGGUCGUCGACGCGGACUCGUGCGACGCCGGCGGCGUCGAGCCGCCCCUCGUGAAGAUGGACGGCGUCCGAUCCGCCGUGAAGAAGUUCCUGCUGAGCUGGCGCGCGCGGCCCCGCGACGACGGGUCCCGCGGCGGCUCCGACGGCUCCGACGACGACGACGACGACGACGCCGCGGCGCCGCUGGAGAUGCCCAAGCUCUGGCUGCGCGCGCGGGGCCGCAACCGCUACGGCUGGGGCGAGUUCUCGAAGCCGACCUGCGUCGGGCGCCCCCGGGAGCCGCUGGUCAAGGUGCUGGACAAGACCACGGACUCGGUGACGAUCGCCUGGGACGCGCUGGAUCGCUCUUCCUGCGGCUACGAGGUCAUCUACAAGACCGUGUCCGUGACCGGCGGCUGGUCCAUGCACGGCUCGGCGCACCGCAUGGGCAGCCUCCACGGCGUCUCCCGGGACGAGAUGGAGGCGGGCAACCUGUUCAACCCGCGGCUCCGGGCCGAGACGGACAACUCCGGGAACCUCGUCGAGGCCACCCUCAACCUCAUGAAGCUCGACGGCUUCGACGACGACGACGCGGCGCUCAACGCCGCGGGGGGCAAGGCCGUGACCUUCGCGGAGAACGUCGCCGGCGGCGAGGUCAAGUCCAAGGUCGCGAAGCGCCGGUCGGGCUUCUUCGCCGUGAAGACGCGCGAGGACCGCGACCGCCAGGGCAGGAAAAGAGAGAUUCAACGCGACCGCGCGCGCGGCCGCGACUACGACGACUGGACGCUCGUGGCCCGGGACCUCACGAAGCAGACCUACACGAUCAAGCGGCUCCGGGCGGGCAAGUUCUACGACUUCCGGGUCCGCGCGUGCCCCUUGAUCGGCGAGCCCCACAAGUGGGUCCACGGCGCGUCGCUGCGGCGGCCGGUCGCGACCGAGCCCAUCCGGCCGGAGCCGCCGCCGAAGCCGACGCUGCCGCGGCGCCUCGACGAGGACGAGCGCACCGUGCUGAGCGGCGACGACGUCGCGCCGCCGCUCACCGCGCGGGGCCGGCCGCCGAUGCUCGGCGCGGCGGCGGGCCGGGCCGCGGAGCGAAAUAAGGCCGCGGAAGUCGCCGUGGAGAAGCAAAAACAGAAGAAGCGCAAGGAGGAGGCGCGCCUCGCGGGCCGGGACGUGGAGAUCGACGCGGGCAAGAAGCGGCGCGGCGCCGAGGUCGGGAGGACCUACGAGGACGAGGGCGGGCUGCUGGGCAAGUGCACGACGAGCCUCGCGCUGCCCUCGGAGACGAACGGCGCGGACGUCGUACACAUGGAGCUCCAGGUCGACAGCGAGCUCGUCCGCGACCUCGGGGCGCACGAGGCCGACGUCGCGGACGACGGCGAGGACACGACGAGCCACCUCGUCAAGGACGUCGACGUGCUCACGCGCGACGCCGUGCCGCUCCUCAUCUUCCCGGGGCGGCGCUACACGCUGCGGAGCCGCGCGAAAAACGUCGCCGGCUGGUCCGCCUGGGGCUUCCCCAUCACCUUCGACACGCCGCCGGGCCUCCCGCCGCCGCCGCUCGUCGUCCUCGAGCGCAAGCAGCAGCUCGUGCGCAUCCGCAUCGACCGGCCCGCGCCGCUGGACUUCCGCAUCUUCCAGCGGCGGGAGCUCGUGCGCGCGGGCGGCGCGCUGGACCUCUUCGCGGGCGACGCGGGCCACAAGGGCUCCGGCGAGCGCCUCGAGAAGCUUGUCGCCGCGGAGCCCACGGGGCUCUACGAGGUCGAGUACCGCGACGUCGCCAAGGCCCGCGAGGACCCCAAGGUCAAGUGGCAGCUCAAGAGCACGACGUCGAAGCACAAGAAGCUCCGCCUGCUCCUGGACCACCUCACGCGCGGCCGCGAGUACGAGAUCCGCUCGCGCGCGCGCUACGCCCACGGCUGGUCGCGCUGGGGCGACCGCCUCUUCACGACGACGGUCACGUAA